UGCGCUGCAGGAUCUAGAGAUGGUAUCAGUGAAGUUGGAGGACUGCAGUCAAACACUGGAGCUGAAUGUCAACAUUAAAGAUGAAGAAGAAGAAGAGGAGAAGAAGAUUAGGACAACUGUUAGUCAUGGAGACCAUCUGGAGACAUUCUCUACAUCCAGAGAGCAAAAGCAGGAAGAUCAGAGAGCUAAGAGGUCUCAUCACUGCCCACAUUGUGAAGAGAUUUUCCCAUUUCUAUCAAAGCUAAAAAUACACCUAAAAAUACACACAGGAGAGAAGCCUUACUCCUGCUCCAACUGUGGAAAAUGUUUCAAAACAACAACUCAGCUAAAACUUCAUCAGAGAACACACACAGGAGAGAAGCCUUACUCCUGCUCUGACUGUGGAAAAUGCUUCAAAACAUCAACGGUGCUAAAACGUCAUCAGAGAACACACACAGGAGAGAAGCCUUAUUCCUGCUCUGACUGUGGAAAAUGUUUUAAAUCAUCAAAUGAGCUAAAAGCUCACCAGAGAACACACACAGGAGAGAAGCCAUACUCCUGCUCUGACUGUGGAAAAAGUUUUAAAUCAUCAAAUGAGCUAAAAGCUCACCAGAGAAUACACACAGGAGAGAAGCCUUACGUCUGCUCUGACUGUGGAACUAGUUUCUCUCAACUCUCCCACUUAAAAUCACAUGAACGUAUACAUACAGGUGAAAAGCCUUACGUCUGCUCUGACUGUGGGUUGAGGUUCUCUCGUCUGGGCACCUUAAAAACACACCAACGUAUACACACAGGAGAGAAGCCUUACUCCUGCACUGACUGUGGAAAAUACUUCACAACGUCAACUGAUCUAAAAGUUCAUCAGAGAACACACACAGGAGAGAAGCCUUAUUCUUGCUCUGACUGUGGAAAAUGUUUUAAAACAUCAAAAGAGAUAAAAGUUCAUCAGAGAACACACACAGGAGAGAAGCCUUACUCCUGCUCUGACUGUGGAAAAUGCUUCACAACAUCAACUGAUCUAAAAUUUCACCAGAAAACACACACAGGAGAGAAGCCUUAUUCCUGCUCUGACUGUGGAAAAGGUUUUAAAACAUCAAAUAAGCUUAAAGUUCACCAGAGAACACACACAGGAGAGAAGCCUUACGUCUGCUCUGACUGUGGAACUAGUUUCUCGCAACUUUCCAACUUAAAAUCACAUGGACGUAUACAUACAGGGGAGAAGCCAUACUCCUGCUCUAACUGUGGAAAAUGCUUCAAAACAUCAACUGUGCUAACAGUUCAUCAGAGAACACACACAGGAGAGAAACCUUAUUCCUGCUCUGACUGUGUAAAUGCUUCACAACAUCAACUAAGCUAAAAGUUCAUCGCAGAACACGUACAGGAGAGAAGCCAUACUCCUGCUCUGUUUGUGUAAAAUGCUUCAAAACAGCAACCGAGCUAAUAGUUCAUCAGAGAACACACGCAUGAGAGAAGCCUGCUUACGUCUGCUCUGACUUUUGGGUGAGUUUCUCUCACCAUAGCAACUUAACACACCAAUGUAGUCACACAGGAGAGAAGUCUUACUCCUGCUCUGUGGAAGGGUGGGCGUGUAACUCAAACUUUUAGGCAAAGGCUGCUGUGUUUAGAAUCUCAUCAAGGAGGACUGUAGCAUUUUAGCUAAUCAGCAACUUUGCAACUACUUACUACUUUUUAGCUAUUACUUAGUAUGUUAGCAUAUCAUACAUAUUACAAGUUCGUAACAUAUUGUAUGAAUAGCAAUGCGUAAAAUAACGUAAGAAUUGUAAUUCGUAACAUACGAUACAUCCUAGAAGUCGUAUUAUACUGAACAACAAUCUAAACGUAACAAUUUCAAAGAUUUAUAGUUUGUAUAAGGAAAUCAGUCAUUUUAAAUAAGAGGCCAUAAUCUAUGGAUAUCACAUGACAGCUGUUUUUAUCUCUUAUCAAGUAAUUUCUGGGUAAAAAUGAAGUACCUUACUGCUCCGCCAUGGGUGGGACUUGGGAGAGCAUAGGCCCACUUGGGAGCCAGGCCCAUUCAAUCGGCAUGAGUUUUUCCCCACAAAAGGUCUUGAUUACAGCCGAAAUACUACUCAGCCCCCUCCCAGACAAUCCUGCAGGUGAAGAGGUCCUGGGCUGCCGUGGUUACAUGUGAUCUGCAGUUGUGAGGCCGGUUGGAUGUACUGCCAAAUUCUCUAAAAGGACGUUAGAGGUGGCUUAUGGUAGAGAUAUACAUAUUGAAUUCUCUCCUGCAGUCAUCAUGCAAUUGCACAUUCCCUGAACUUGAGAUAUAUGUGACAUUGUGUUGUGUGGCCUUUUAUUGUCCCCCAGCACAAGGUGCACUUGUGUAAUGAUAAUGCUGUUUUAUCUUGAUAUGCCACACCUGUCAGGUGGAUGGAUUAUCUUGACAAAGGCUGAAAUGCUCACGAACAGGGAUAGUAACAAAGCUGUGCACAACAUUUGAGAGAAAUUAGCUUUUUCUGCACAUGGAACAUUGCUGGAAUGUUUUAUUUCAGCUCAUGAAACCAACACUUUACAUGUUUACUUUAUAUUUCAGUUCAGUUUAUAUUGGUAUUGUAAUGUAACCUAACAUACUAAAUGGAAUGACACAGAUGUUUUUGUAAUACAUAAUACGUUUUGCUCUGAGACCAGGUUGUCCCUCUGCAGUAUUCUGUGGGAAUGAGCUAGUAGACACUUCUUUAAAAAAAAAAAAAAUAGGCAAGUCUGUUAAUUAAGAACAAAUUCUUAUUUACAAUGAUGGCCUAGGAACAGUGGGUUAACUGCCUUGUUCAGAGGCAGAACAACAGAGUUUUUUACCUUGUGUCGGUGCUCAUCGGCCGUUGGACAUAAACAUCACAACAAAUUGCAAUUCAACAAUGAGUGGUUUGGAAGGAAUCAGUGGCUAACUGCAAGCAUUGCAAAGCAAUCAUUAGCCUGCUAUUCAGUGGAGUGGCUGUGUGGUCCCAAGUCUAAGAUUAAGGGGCUCUUUUCCUAGUUUAAAACUGUAAACAUUCAACAUUGGCCGUGCUGUCAAUGAAGCUUGAUUUGUGCCACGCUCAAAUCAACUUAACUCGGUACUGCAAAAUCUGACUUGUGUGAGUUCAAAACAACUGGGAACUUGGGGAAAAACAAGCUACGACUGAGAAAAUACGUUUUGAACUUUCAUCCAACUCAGAAUUGUAAAUUGGGAACUCGGGGUCUUUCUACAGCUACGACCUGAAGAUCACUGACGUCAUCAUGAUUCCUUUUUUUUCUUCUUCGAGUUCCCAGUUGUCUUGGAAGCACCACAAAUCCAGAGAAUGCCAUAAUUUGUUGACGAAGUUUGAUGACAAAAUAUGCCCAUAAAUUACUGCCGCGCCACCUUCCUGUUCAAGUGAUCACAGCACAACAAAGUGAGUCCAAAAAUGUCUUGUAUGCUACUGCAUAAAUUAUGUAAUAUGCCAGGAAGAUAUGUAUACUGUAGCUAAGAAAGUAAUACUAAGUGUAUGUUGUGUAGUAAGAUGUUAGUAGCCCAUGUGCCUCACCCUAAUAAUUUUAUCUAGUUUCACAUCUUAAUUUUGCCUACUGUUCUGACUUGGUGUUUCACAUGUACCCUAUAACCUGUUGUUGAGAAAUGUAAUCAUUGAAUAUUGUAAGAAUUUUCAUUGUCUGCAUAUAUGCCCCUUUAUUUAUCCUAUGGUUCUGACUUGGCGUACAGGGAGAACACUAAGAACGGCCCAUGUUCUGAAUUCUGUCGCUGUACAUUUCCAAAGUGCUGAACAAAUAGUUACAUUGACUACGUCCGUCCUAGCUCGCUCAUUAAUGUCUUAAUCGAAAUUACGGAUUGCCUCUUAUCGUCCCCUUAUGCCAUAGUUUGUACAUCUCAAUUGUCAGUAGAAACCACAUUUGUUUAAGUAAGUCAGCCAUGUUAUUUUAAAAGGCAGUAAAUGAGGCUGAAUGAAAUGUUUCGUUGCCAGACUCCGCUGAUAGCCAGGUGAAGCAGUGGUAAGUUGUUGAGACUAUGCUGUUGGUCCUAACAGUUUGUGGGCACCGUUUCUCACUGUUAUAGUGCAAUUCAUGUAUUGUUUCGUGGCUUUGCUGGCAUGCGUCCAAUUUUUAAGUCAGUAAAGUAAGUCAGUAAAGAACAAAUUCUUAUUUAGAAUGAAGGCCUACCCCAGCCAAUCCUUACCGAUGCUGGGCCAAUUGUGCGCUUCCCUAUGGGACUCCCAAUCAUGGCCAGAUGUGAUUCAGCUAGGAUUCAAACCAGGGACUGUAGUGAUGUCUCUUGCACUGAGAUGAGGUGCCUUAGACUGCUGCGCCACUCGGGAGCCCUUAAAAGGUUUGCGCCCAAUGUAGGGCAGGAGUUUGAAGGCACAAGCGGGGAGCCCAGCCAACAAAGAAUUGAGAAAUGUUUUGGUACUCUUCCCCAGAUCUGUGCCUCACCACAAAUCUGUCUCGGAGCUCAACGGAAAAUUUCUUCGACCUCAUUGCUUGGUUUUUGCUCUGACUUGCACUGUCAACUGUGGGACCUUAAAAAGACAGGUGUGAUCCUUUUCCAAUCAUGUCCAUACAUUUGAAUUUGCCACAGGUGGACUCCAAUCAAGUUGUAGAAACAUCUCAAGGAUGAUCAAUGGAAACAGGAUGCACUUGAGCUGAAUUUUGAGUCUCAGAGGAAAGGGUCUGUGUCACGAAUAUUACCGAAGGUGGCUCCCCUUCUUGUUCGGGUGGCGCUCGGCGGUCGUCGUCGCCGGUCUACUAGCUGCCACCGAUCCUUUGUUCCGUGUUCGUUUGGUUGUGUCUAAUUGGUUUCACCUGUUCAUUGUUUGGUUGUUAGGGUGGGGUUAUUUAAGUUCGUGUCGCUCGCUUCUGUUUGUGCGGGCUUGUUCUUCUGUACUUGUGAGAGGUGUUAGUGUUUUGUUGGGUUUUCUCGCUGUCCUGGUAUUUUACCUAAGG